UUCCAUCUCCACACGCAUAUUUCUAUAACACAAAACUCUUCCAAAACUGGAUUUCACAAAAGAUAAGUGAUUCAAACUGAGUUACAAGUGAUUUAUUUGUUCAGAGUUAGAUUAACACUGAGAGGAUUAAGUUAGAGAAAGCAUCCAGAAGAGAUGGAAGCCCAACCAAGGAAAAGAAAGUCUUCAAAGCCACCUUCAGUACCCACAUUUACAGCUUCUGGAAAAAGACGAGGACGUCCUCCAAAAGUGAAGGUUGGAGCAUGUGAAGGUGGUGAGAGUAAUAGUAAUUUAAGCAGUGGAGUUGAAAGGGAAAGGGAAAGGGAAAGGGAAAAAGUUGAAGAAAAAAGAAAGUCGGCAUCAAUAUCAGCGGAUAUGAUGAGAUGGUUUAUGGCUCCUCCAUCUCCUCUUACACUCAUUGCAAAUAUGGCAUAUGAAGAUUUGAGGGCAAUGGAAAUGGAAACAGGGCAUAUGACGGAAACAUUCAUUCCUCAACAAAUGCCGAUGCACUUAACAGAAACUUGGAUUCCUCAUCAACACCCCUUUGAUGAGCUCCUCUACCUGUUUGAAGCUAAUGCAUCAUGGUAGUUCAAUACUUAAUUCAAAACAGACACACAUUUUUUUGCUCGGUUAAACAGACAGACAUGUGUAUAUGUGCUUUUCGUUUGAACAUUUUAAUUUUAUUUUAGAAAUAUAGUUCAAAUUUAAAUAUGUUUUAACUUUUA